CGGCAAGGCGUGUUGCCCCUAGCAACCGAUCGCCCUGCCCUCAGCACCAAGCAAAGUCAACAACCUGUUCGCUGCCCUGCAUGUCCAGCUCGCUGUGCCACGUCGAAACUUUCCACAAUCCACCCGGAAUUGCUUUACCUACACUCUUUAGCCGCAUUUCUUUGUCGCCGGCGAUUGUCGAUAUUCCCAGACAAUAUCAGGACGCCUUUGCGUUUAUGAAAGAGGCGGAUUUCUGUGUGUUUGAUCACUUUUCCCAUUUCCAUUUGGUCUGUGCCGUGGGAAGCAAACAAUUUCGUCAUCCCCGGCUCCGCUCCUCUCCUGCUCCGUAAGGCGUAAUGCCGGCCACAAUCUCCGACGCACCGGCCGUCGCCCUUUCCUUCGCCAACAACUUCUGGGGAAAGGACGAUGCCGGUGUACCGCCCCUCUUGGAUCGCAUGCACAAUGCGAAGCAGACAUGCGACGAACUUCGCAACUUCUACGGCGCACGCGCAUCCAUCGAGGACGAAUAUGCCCGGAAGCUCAUGUCGCUAUCGCGCAAGGCGCUAGGGUCGCAAGAGACAGGCACCCUGAAGACGUCGCUCGAUGUCAUGCGCGGCGAGGUUGAGUUGAUGGCCAAGCAGCACCAGAGCGUGGCCGCCCAGAUGAAGAGCGAGCUGGAAGAGCCGCUUGCCGCCUUCGCCGGUGCCAUGAAGGAGCGCCGUAAGAUUGUGCAAAACACGGUAGAAAAGCUACUCAAGACCAAGGUGCAGCAGACGCAGCAGGUCAACAAGACACGCGACCGCUAUGAGCAAGAAUGCCUCAAAAUCAAGGGCUAUCUCGCCCAGGGUCAUAUGGUUAUGGGCCAGGAAGAGAGAAAGAACAAGGCCAAGCUGGAGAAGACGCAGAUCAGCUUGGCAACAUCCAACUCGGAGUACGAGGCCGCCGUCAAGGCCCUGGAGGAGACGACCGCCCGCUGGAAUAGGGAAUGGAAGGCGGCCGCCGACAAGUUCCAGGACCUGGAGGAGGAGCGCCUCGAUUUCUCCAAGAGCAGCUUGUGGACCUUUGCCAAUAUCGCCUCGACCGUCUGUGUCAGCGACGAUUCAUCGUGCGAGAAGAUCCGGCUAUCGCUCGAAAAGAUGGAAGUCGAGAAGGAUAUCUACACCUUCAUCAAGGACAGGGGUACUGGCCAGGAGAUCCCCGACCCGCCCAAGUACAUCAACUUCUGCCGCGGUGAUGUUGACGCACAGUCGGAGGUGUCCGAUGACGAUAACUACUCGGUCGCGCAGUUCCCAAGGAGCAUCAAUCCGGCUUUCCGCUCGUCAUCCCCCCAACCCUCCAUGUUCGAGUCUCAUCAUGAUCCUAACUCGGCAUUGGCUCGGGAUUUCGGGCACGGAGAUACACAGACCCCACAGGGCCGGGAGGUUGCCGCGACACCCCAGAAGGUGCCGACAAUUCCUCAGCAGCAAAAUACUCAGCGGUCGAAGGCGCCUCAAACGCCCAAGAAUUACCAGCCACCACAGGCCAGCAACGUGGACUACGACCCUAACGAGUUUGCCCCCGUUCCUCACGACCCGUACCCGAUGGAUGGCAUGACCAUGCUCUGCCGGCCAACCGCCUCGGACUUGAGCACGGCGCCGUCGACGUCGUCUGCGCGCCCCUCUAGCAGAGACUCGCACAGCGAGACGUCGUUCUCUAGUCAAGAGCCGCCAGCGCCCGUGUCUCCCGUCAAGCAAGAGCAGGCCCCUCCCCCGGCGUCUCCCGAUAAGAAGGUCCUUAAGAAGAAGAGUGGCUUCUUCCAGAACCACAGCCCUUUCCGACGGAAGAGUACCAAGGAGGUGGCGCCCACGAACCGGAACACGUGGAACCCUCCCGCCGCCCACAACCGGCCGCAACUUGCUGCCCCCCCCAAGGAGACCCAGAACCAGAUUAUCGGCCCGGAGCGGAGCGUCAGCCCGGAUCCGAUCGCAGCCAACGCGAGCCUCGCACUCAAUGUCGGGCAGAACGUCUUCGCGGUCGAGACACCCGACCGCCGCAAGCAGGAUGCCGGCCCAGCCACUCCCGAAGACGACCCCAUUGCGCUGGCCCUUGCCGAGCUGAAGGGUGUCACGAACGGCAAGAACGGCGGGACGAGGAUGUCGGCAGACCACUACCAUGGGAUAUCGACGCCCGCCCCCGGCGCCAGCCCGUCGCGCACCAUGGUCGCGCCAGGGGCCAAUACCAACAACAGCGUCGUUGCCGCCGCCAAGCGCGGAACCCCGCCGCCGUCCUAUGACCAGCAAACCCAAAUCCAGCGCCUCGGUGUGCCCCCGCCAGCAGUGACCUCCCGAGCAAUGAAGGAGUCCUCGCAGAAAUUCCAGCAACAAACCCGCAGCCUCUUCACCGCAUCCGACCGCCCCAGCUCCGGCGGCGGCGGCGGCGGCGGUGACGGCGGUAGUUACAGGAGCCGGCCCGGCACCGGGCGAGGCAGCAGCAGCGACAUCCCGCGCGCCGUGUCCCCCGCGGCGCAGCGCAGCGUCUCCCCGCGGCCCAGCUCCCGCGCGAGCCGGCACUACGCCGCCUCCCCCUCGCAGCACCGCUCCGUGUCCCCGGCGCCGUACGCCGGCAGCCAGCGCGGCUCGGUCAGCCAGCUGAGCAUGUCGGCCAACAAGCGCGGGUCGGACUCGGCCGCGUACUACGGCGGCAACAGCGGCGGCACUGGCAAUAACAGCCACAGCAACAGCUACAACAGCCACAGCCACCGCGGGUCGACGGCCGCGUCGCCUAACGAGAUGGCCCGCGCCGCCUCCCCGGCCCCUUACUCCCCGCGCGCGUCCGCCGCCAGCCCCUCCCCGUACGGGAGCGCCCGCGGCACCGCCGCCAGCCCGGUGCCCACGGGCGCCUACAGCCCGCGCGGCUCCAUGCAGGACCACAGCGGCGGCGGCGGAUCCCACUCGGGUCGCCCGGGCAGCAGCAUGAGCAUGGGCAGCAGGAGGGGGAUGGACAUGGCCGUGCAACUAGCGCCCGUGUCGGGUGGCCAGGGGUACGGACAACAGCAGCAGCAGCAACAACAACAGCAGGAUGAUGGCGGUUAUGGCGGGUCGAUGCGCGGGCGCCAUAACCGCUCCAACACGGCGACCAGCAUGAGUAUGCGCGGGAUGAGCUUGUAUGAGGGUGCUGGGCCGGUGCAGCCGGCGGGGGGGUCACGGGUGAGGAGUAAGAGCGUGGCGGACCCGAACCGGUAUACCAGGGAUGGGAGGCCCAUUUUGCAUUUUGCGCGCGCGCUGUACAUGUACCAGCCCGCAAUACCCGAGGAGCUGGGGUUUGCCAAGGGCGACGUGCUCGCCAUCCUGCGGCACCAGGACGACGGCUGGUGGGAGGCCACCGUGCAGGGCGGCGCCGGGCAGGUUGGGCUGGUCCCGAGCAAUUAUCUGCAGCCUUGCUAGGCCUCUGUGCUGUGUGCAGAUGGGUGGUGUGGUGUGUGGUGUGGGGUAUCGGGUGCCGCCUAUUUGGUGAGAGGUCUUUUGUUUGGUGAGGCCUGCCGACGUGGUGUUGGCAGUGUUUGGUGCUUUGAGCUUUGAGCGUUGGGCUUUGGAGAGAGCAAGAGUGCGA